AUGAAGCAGCAUGCUGAGUCCUCGUCUCUGUGCCGGUGGCUCACGCUGGUGGCCGUACUGGUCUUACUGGUUAUCGGUGUCUCUGUGGGAAUCUUAAUAGCUUACACGGUGCAGGAGGAGCAUAAAUAUAUGGACACGGUGGAGUUAAAGGGACUCCAGUACAAAUCUGAGCUCCAGGAUCUGACGUCUGCGUUUUCUUUAAUACUCACAGCCACGCUGGAAACGAAGAUCGGCUCUAUUUUCGUCUCUUCGCCCGUCUCAGAGCAUUUCGUCUCCUGCCAGGUCGUCGCGUACGGGAGCGCCGGCGGGGACGUGAUGGUGACGUUCCGUUUGCUCUUCAGAGUGGCCCGACUGCAGGAGUUCAGCGACGGUUUCAUCCAGGAGCAGCUGCGCUCCGGCCUGCAGGCUCUGCUCUGGGAAAAAUCACUCCUGGUUCCGGAGUUUGGAGAGAUCCAGAGCAUCGUCCUCCUGGGUGCUCGUGGACGCUCGUUUUACCUCAUCGAUGCCGACGUCAGUCCGUGUCCCGAAAACACCUACACCUGUGCCAGCGGGGAGUGUGUGACCAAACCCAACCCGGAAUGUGACUCCGUACCCGACUGUACUGACGCAUCAGAUGAAGCCUACUGCUCGUGUGGCCGGAGGUUGCUGAUGGGCAGUCGGGUUGUUGGGGGCGGGAGCGCCCGUCACGGUGAUCUGCCCUGGCAGGCGAGUCUGAGACUGAACGGGCGGCACACCUGUGGAGCUUCAGUCAUCAGCAGCCGCUGGCUGGUCAGCGCAGCUCACUGCUUCGAGAGUAAUAAAAACCCGCGGGACUGGACGGCGCUGGUCGGGGCGAGUCUGGUGAGCGGUGCACAGAAGGGAGCCGUCGUGGUCCAGAUCAAAUCCCUGAUCGUGUCUCCGCGCUUCAACCACGUGACCACCGACAGUGAUGUGACGGUGCUGGAGCUGAAGACGCCGCUCCGCUUCGGUCCCUUCGUCCAGCCCGUCUGCGUCCCGUCCGCUUCCCACGUCUUCAGUCCCGGACAGAACUGCAUCGUCUCCGGCUGGGGAGCCACCAGACAGGACAGCAAUGAGGUCCCUCCCAUUCUCCAGAAAGCUGUGGUAAGGAUCAUCGACUCAAAGGUGUGUAACGGUUCGGCGGUGUACCGAGGUUCCAUCACCAACUACAUGAUGUGCGCCGGAUCCCUGCAGGGCGGAGUUGACUCUUGCCAGGGGGACUCUGGGGGGCCUCUGGUGUGUGAGGGAAGUCCUGGUCGCUUCUUCCUGGCUGGUAUCGUGAGUUGGGGAGUCGGCUGUGCCCAAAUCAACAAGCCGGGCGUGUACUCUUGUGUCACCGUGCUGCGAGACUGGAUCAUGAGCCACACCGAGCCCGGCGGGUUUCACAGCGGCACCGGCAUUCGUACUGUUACUGCAGAACGACGGGCCGAGGCCACCGUGCCACCAUCUUCAUCACCUCCAUCAUCUCCAUCACCAUCUUCAUCACCUCCAUCACCUCCUGUCCUGCCUGGCCCCCUGAACUGCAGUGGGAACUUUGACUGUGGAGCAGGAAUUUGUGUCAGUAAAAUAAAUCCGGAGUGUGAUCGGAUCCCCGACUGCUUCAAUCAAGCUGAUGAGAAAAACUGCGACUGUGGGCAGCGCCCGGUGUUCAGUCAGCAGAAGAUCGUGGGAGGCGUGAGCGCCUACAGGGGCGAGUGGCCGUGGGUGGCGAGCCUGCAGUUCCAGCGUUUACACCACUGUGGCGCCACGCUGAUACACUGCAAGUGGCUCCUCACAGCGGCUCACUGCUUCAGCAAGAACCCAAACCCCGGUGGAUGGACGGUGAGCUUAGGUUCGGUGGUCCGGUCCGGGGUCGGAGCGCUGGUCAUCCCAGUGCAGAGAGUCCUCCGACAUCCUGCUUUCAACAGCACCAGUAUGAACUUCGACGUGGCUCUGGUGGAGCUUUCCAUUCCGGCACCAAGUUCCUACACCAUCCAGACGGCGUGUUUGCCCUCCCCUGUGCACCAGUUCGGCCCCGGCACCGAGUGUUUCAUCACAGGAUGGGGUUCCAUGAGGGAGGACGGAAAGCUAACCAGCCAGCUCCAGAAAGCUCAGGUUGGCAUCAUCGAGCAGUCGGACUGUCAGAAAUCCUACGGCAGGAGACUGACCGCCAACAUGAUGUGUGCCGGAUCCAUGGGGGGCGGCAUCGACACCUGUCUGGGGGAUUCGGGAGGACCGCUGGCGUGCCGGGACCCCGGGGGCCGAUGGUUCGUCGCCGGCGUGACCAGCUGGGGGCGCGGCUGUGCCCGGGACAGAUUCCCCGGGGUUUACACACGCGUGACCGCGGCCAGGGAAUGGAUAUCGACCCACCUUCCGUUCUGACCAACCGACUCGAAAACACGUCUAUUUAUUUAGUGUAUUUAUUAACGUUUAUCUUGUGAUAUACAUCACUGGUGUACUGGAGCUGUUGAGGACGGAAGGGCGUCCUCUUGGUGUCCCAACUUUAAAGAUCAAUAAUAAUAAAAUGUACAAACGUUA